CUGUGGGAUUAAUAAAGGUUAUCUGACCGUAUUAUGUCACAUCCUCUGCGUGUUUGCAAUCUGUGCCUGUGUCUGGAAGGUGGUGGCUGGAGUCCUGUGGUCGUCAGCCAAUUACAGAUCGGCUCUUGAGCGAGGGCCUAACCCCAGCUUCUCCUAGUCACAUUACCAUGGUAAAUAGGCCAUCCUGUGGCAGCUCACGGGCUCAAUGUGGUCUGAGUCAUCCUUUGGAUGACAGGAACUAAAACAAAGGAAGAGGAUGUGACCCUUCAAACAAAUUCUACGAAAACCAUUAACAAUAAGGUAUGGGAUGGGGUGUUCAAAACAGGAAGGUCUGCAUAACGGGGGGGGGAUCCUGCAACCUGGUGUAUAAGUAAUCAAAUCACAUGGAUGCUGAAAAAAUUUUGCUUAUGCAAAAUGCAGGGACAUUACUGUAAACAGAUUCCCACAGGUCCAUGACCCUCACCUAGACUAGUGGUCUGAAGAUGUAUAGAUUGAUGGAUGGAUGGACUUCCAGAAGGCAGUACUUAAUCCAAGCAUUGCUGCCACACACAUGCUGUACUCCCUCCCAAACAAAUUACACAAAUUGUUUUUUUUUUUUUGAUAACAUUUACAGUGCCAAGAGUUCUACAACAUGACUGAAUAUUUACCAAAACAGUCCAGGUUAGGUUAUUUAUGUUAUUUAUGUAUGUUGUCUGAGGUGCAACUUUAUGGAUUUGCGUGUAUCUUAUGACCGCGGUCGUUGUGGGAUUUUGGACAGCAGAGGAAGCUGUGGGUGAUCGGUGGAGCGUGAGGUCUCCUUAUCUGCUGGGAAUAUUGGGGGAGGUAAUCAACACCCUGAGCUUUACCAUGUGAAACGGCGAGAAACAAAAGCGAAAGAAAAGCCGACGGAGAGAACGAAAGAGAUUUCGACAUCGACGCACGGGGAUAUUGACUGGAAGGAUGCGGAGGAGAUGCUGAGAGAGAAAGACUCUGGGAGAUGUUACGCGGUAGAAUUGGACUGGAAGCUGUUGGAGAGAAUCGGGCGUACAGAUACGCAGUCGUCCCGCCAAGAUCACAGACCCCCAGAGACCGGGACUGCGAUGGAAGAAAUGAAGGAGCCUGGGAGGGCAGCAGGCAGGAUGUCAGCUAAAUCCCCCGGAAUCAACGGCGUGGACAUCAAAGGAAGUGUGACCCCAAGGCCUGAUGAUCUACUUCCACGGAUUGUCAUUUUGGAAAAGCAAAGACAAGAGCUUCUGGACAUCAACAAGAAGUGGGACGAAUACUGCCAAUACUUGAAACGACAUUAUAAGCAAAAGGUUUUUUUGAUAGACAAGCUGUGGGGCAGACUGGCAGCCUGGGAACACGAGCACAGGGAGGGGAGAGCGGGAACCCCCCCCCUGGACAAGCCACAGAACCGAAACUUCGACCAGAGCGCAGAAUUACGGGAAGCGGAGAAGCAUGUGCAGUGUCUUACAGCGCAGAUCGCGAAGUUGACCACAAGGGGGCAGCAACAGACCAGUGAAAUCCAGCGAUUGAAUCGGGUCCUGAAGGAAAGUCAGGAGGUGUUGGCUGUACGGGAGGAGGAAGUCAGGGUGGACCUGGAAGUUCUCAGGUUGCAGGCAAACACAUACAAGGCUGACUUCGACCUGGAGAGAAGGGACAGGGAGAGGUUAAAGGAGAGGAACAUCAAGCUGGAGAGGAGGGUGGCUGAACUCUUCAGGCAGUUGCAGACAUUCAGCUCUCAGUCCAAUGGUCAGCAACAAGCCACGCCCAUCCCGACUGGCUGUUCCUCUAACCCCACCUAGAGCACCAGGGAUGCUUCAGGAACCUAGAGCUCUGUGAGGACGUGCCGGUACUCCUGGAGUGUUUGUGUAUCUUGUAGCAAAAAUUUAAACACAGUAAUAUUUAUUCUGUGAUAUGUAUGUACAGGGAUUAUCAAAUAAAAUAUUUAAGUAUUUCAAAGUA